GACGGGCUACUGGCCGCCGGAUGGCUGCUACCCCAGCCAGAUACAGAAAGGAGGGCCAUCUUGGCGCCGCUGCCGGCGAGGAUUCGAGCGCGCGCGGAAUGCUCCCAGGCAUCUCUGGCAUUCCGUCGGCGCUACACACCCCUGAUCCAUCUCCCCCUCCGGCGAGGGCCGCCACAGGGGCUGGGUCAUCAGGUCCUCCGAAGAUGGCGGAAACCCUGCUUGAUAUCAUGAGGGACGAGGAGGUCGGCGGCAUUGGUGCCGGCGGCGAUGAUGUCGGCGGCGAUGAUGGUACCGGUGGCGACAGCAGUAGUGACCACUCCUUCGACACACAACACCAUUCCAGCAACAACGGCGCGGCAACCGGAAGCUCAGCGCGCACGGCGCUUGAUGCACCGGUACUCACUGUUGUGAUGGAGAAGGGUAAAACACCGUCGAGGGCGAAAUCUCCAUCCCCAACGCCGCAGCAGUCGGUGGCGUCCGCCAUGACCCAGAGGUCCCUCAAACGCAACCAGAACAAGCCGUACUCAGCGUGGCCUGUCAGCCUCCUACAGAUCGCUAUCCAGGCGCGAGGUAUCUCCGGCCUUUCGAGGGAGAGGAGCAGCUUAGUGUUGGAGAAGGCCCUAGCCGAUGUCGACAAGGUGUGUGGGCGCCCAAGCCCCUACUACGCGGAUCUCGAGGAUAAAGCAACAGGUGAGACCCCGGCCUCCAAGCCCCUAACGGCGUCACCAGAGACCGUCGAGGUUCCGGAGGCCUUGGUUAUGGCUGUGCGUAGCGCCAUUCGCAGUGGGGCGAGCAUUAACCCGAAGAAAAUGAUGGACUGGGAAGAGAAUGCCUACCUCGCCAGUCGCGUUUUGGAGGUGAUAGCGGAUGAAGACCGCGCGUCAGGGGCCGGCGUCACCACCGCCGGCCGAAGGAAGAGCAAGCAUUGCGUCCCCCGGGCGGUGGAGCUGAUGGUCGCCGAGCGCUUCAGGGAGCGCCUUGCCGCGAGCAGGACGCAGUUGUCUAGGACGGAGCUCGACAAUAAGGAGACGGGCAACAAGCGGUCGGUAUACUUUGAGCUAUGGAAGGACUUCAAGGACACGGACGUGGAGGUGGUCACACACCUCAACGACGACGAGCACAUCACCGCGGCACAGAUCGACCCGAACAUAGUCCAUCAGCCCGACAUUUCGUACGACAAGUUCAUGAACAUGGUGAAAGAGGUGAACAAGGACUAUGGCGACUGCCACCACAACAUGAAGAAGUCUGGGAGUCACGACGAAUGGUACUCCUUCUGCCGUGGUGUUGUGUUGCAGCGAUAAAAGGUACCGGUCGUGGUCAUUCGAAACGUGGUUCGUCGAGAAAUGAGUACUGUUCGGGCUCUUCGCCCUUGUUAGUUUUGGGUCAUGUAAUGUGCAAGUGUUCCUCUGUUGGUCGUGAACGCCCGACAAAGUACAGCCCCCACCCGCCCCCCGCCCCGACCUACUGUGGUUCCCCUCAUCACGAAGGGGUUCAAUAAUAUGCCUUUGAAAAACCCGAUUUUUCUUCAUGUUGGCGAUGCAUCGAUAACACACGUACGUUCCUCCCACAAAUACGUGUGCGCUCUAAAUGACAUCAGCGGGUAGUACGUUUCCGCUUGCAAGUUCCAGCACGACGAUAUACUUUCGUGGUGACGUCCACUUCCGCUCAAUGUCACAUUAUUGCCGUCUAACGAUCGCCC